CACCACAAGUCACGUGACACCCGGCGUCAAACCUCGCAACAGCUACCUUAUAUAUACACCGCUCCGCGGUCUCGACUUCUCCGUCAUAUUACCUUCUGUAAUCUCAAAAUCUCUCAUCCUUUUCAAAUUGCUCUCUAAUCUUAAGCAUCCACCAUGGGGAAGAUCAAGAUCGGAAUCAACGGAUUUGGGAGGAUCGGCCGAUUGGUUGCCAGGGUAGCUCUUCAGAGUGAUGAUAUUGAGCUUGUUGCCGUCAAUGAUCCAUUCAUCACUACUGAAUACAUGACUUACAUGUUCAAGUAUGAUACUGUGCAUGGGAAAUGGAACAACCAUGAGUUGAAGGUCCAUGAUGAGAAGACCCUUCUGUUUGGCGAGAAGCCAGUUAGAGUAUUUGGAUUGAGGAACCCUGAAGAAAUUCCAUGGGCUGAGGCAGGUGCGGAGUAUGUGGUAGAAUCUACUGGAGUCUUCACUGACAAGGACAAGGCUGCUGCCCAUUUGAAGGGUGGAGCUAAGAAGGUUGUGAUAUCUGCUCCAAGCAAAGAUGCUCCUAUGUUUGUCGUGGGAGUUAAUGAGAAGGAGUACAAGCCAGAGCUUAACAUUGUCUCCAACGCAAGCUGCACCACUAACUGUCUUGCUCCUUUGGCUAAGGUUAUCCAUGACCGGUUUGGCAUAGUUGAGGGUCUUAUGACUACUAUCCACUCCAUCACUGCUACUCAGAAAACUGUUGAUGGUCCAUCCAUGAAGGACUGGAGAGGUGGUAGAGCUGCUUCAUUCAACAUUAUCCCUAGCAGCACUGGUGCAGCCAAGGCUGUUGGAAAGGUUCUCCCAGCCCUAAAUGGAAAAUUGACUGGAAUGUCCUUCAGAGUUCCCACCGUUGAUGUCUCUGUUGUAGACCUUACUGUUAGAACUGAAAAAAAGGUCAGCUAUGAGGAUAUCAAGGUUGCCAUCAAGGAGGAGUCUGAGGGUAACCUCAAGGGUAUCCUAGGUUACAUUGAAGAAGACGUUGUAUCAUCUGACUUUGUUGGUGAUUCCAGGUCCAGCAUCUUUGAUGCCAAGGCUGGAAUAUCUUUGAGCGAAAACUUUGUCAAGCUCGUCGCCUGGUAUGACAAUGAAUGGGGUUACAGUUCUCGGGUGAUUGAUUUGAUCCGUCAUAUGCACUCUGCAUAGGAAGGCUCUCGGACUCGGUUGCGCUGCAUACUUUUUAUGGGAUUUCAGGACCAGCGAAUGUCGCACUUUUGUUUUUUGUUUAUGUUUU